GGGUCUGGUGUUCAGUGCAAGCAGGCCUGUCUGUCAACGACAUCGAUCAAUCCCAGCUCCAGCUCCAGCCCCAAGCAACCGCAGUCAACAAACAUGAAGUUCUUGAUCCUGAGCGUGUUCCUUUGCCUGGUCGUGUGCUUCAUGGCCACCAGUGCGGUGCCCAUCGAGGAGUCCAUCCCCGAAGGUCUCGAGGGCCCUGGCAGCGACACCUUCAACCCCUCCGACGAUCAGUCAUUCCUGCUCAAGCUGAAGCUGCUCAAGAAGCUCCUGUUCUUGGGCUAAGGGAGGAAUCCCUCCUGCCCCAUCUGCCCAUGGAUUUUUAGUUUAACUUUGUGUCUAAGUUUUUUAAGAACAAAUUUACAAAAAAUUAAAACAAAUG